UAAAUCAUCGCAUUCAUUUUUUACUUCUCACUUUCUCUUCUUUGAUACCAAACUUCAUCUUUCAUACCAGUUGAUACAAAAAAGCAAACCAUUCAUUUUCUUCUUCUUAAUUUCAUAUGAAUAUUAAACUUCAUCAUUAAUAUUUUGCAUUGCUUCCUCUAAGUCUUUCUUUGGGUGAUCUUUCAAGUUCUUCACUUUGUUUCUUCCAUUCACUUUCAAAUCUCAGUUUAAUUUGGUGGCUUUUUUAGACAAAGUUUUUAGUUAGUUUGUUCUCACACUUUGAGCAGAUCUCAGUUUGUGUUUUUCCGACAAAGAUCUCAGAUUGUUUGUUCUCACAAUUUUAGUGAGCCUCUGAGGAUUUGACUACAAUAUCAUGGCAGAGCUGGUUGGCGGAGCAGUUCUUUCGUCAUUCUUUCCAGUCAUUCUUAAGAGAAUUGGCUCAAGAGAUUUCAAAGACCUCUUCAAUAAAAAGUUGGUUGAGAAACUUGAAGUCACACUGAAUUCUAUCGAUCAAUUGUUGAAUGAUGCAGAGACAAAGAAGUACCAAAACCAAAAUGUGAAGAAGUGGUUUGAUAAUCUAAAACAUGAGGUAUAUGAAGUAGAUCAAUUGUUGGAUGAGAUUGAUACAAAUGUAAAACUCAAGAGCAAGGAUAUGUUGGGAUCAAAGGUUAAAUACUUGCUUUCAGCUAUCACUAAUCCAUUUGAAUCUAGGAUCAAAGAGUUGCUAGGCAAGCUAAAAUAUCUUGCAGAGCAAAAGGGUGAUUUGGGAUUGACACAAAGAAGUUGCACUAGUUAUGAAGGCGCGGUUAGCCCACAAUCCUCAAAAAGAUCUCCAACUGCAUCUUUGGUGGAUGAAUCUUCCAUACGUGGUAGAGAAGGUGAAAAAGAAGAAAUAAUUAACUAUUUGCUGUCUUACAAGGACAAUGGCAACCAAGUAUCAACUAUCAGCAUAGUUGGUUUGGGUGGGAUGGGAAAGACCACCCUUGCUCAGCUUGUCUACAAUGAUUGCAGAAUACAAGAGAAGUUUGAGAUUAAAGCUUGGGUCCAUGUAUCUAAGUAUUUUGAUGUUAUUGGACUUACCAAAAUAAUCAUUGGGAAGUUUGAUUCUGCAGCAAAUAGCGAAGACUUAGAACUACUCCAACGGCAACUACAAAAAAUAUUAACAGCCAAGAACUAUCUACUUGUUGUGGAUGAUGUCUGGAAACUGAAUGAGGAAAGUUGGGAGACGUUACUACUUCCUUUUAACCAAGGAUCUUCUACGAGUAAGAUUAUUGUGACAACACGCGAUAAAAAUGUAGCAUCAAUUGUGAAAUCUACAAAGUUAUUUGAUUUGAAACAAUUGGAGAAGAGUGACAGUUGGAGUUUAUUUUCCACACUUGCUUUUCACGGCAAAAAUGCAAGCGAAUACCCAAAACUUGAAUCAAUUGGCAAAAAGAUUGUAGAUAAGUGUGGAGGGUUGCCUUUAGCUGUGAAAACAUUGGGGAACCUCUUGCGGAAAAAAUUCUCUAAACAUGAAUGGGAAAAGAUACUAGAGGCUGACAUGUGGCGCUUAGCUGAUGGUGAUGGUGAUAGUAACAUUAACUCGGCUUUGAGAUUGAGUUACCAUAACCUCCCUUCCAGUUUGAAACGCUGUUUUGCCUACUGUUCUGUAUUUCCUAGGGGUUUUGAGUUUGACAGGGAUGAAUUGAUCAAGCUUUGGAUGGCAGAAGGUUUGCUGAAAUACUGCGGAAGAGACAAAAGUGAAGAAGAAUUGGGAAAUGAAUUCAUGGAUUACCUAGAGUCCAUUUCAUUUUUCGAACAAUUAAACUAUGAUGGUCGUACAAGAUUUCUCAUGCAUGAUCUUGUUAAUGAUUUGGCAAAAUCUGAGUCCCAAGAGUUUUGCUUACAAAUUGAGAGUGAUAAUCUGCAAGAUAUAACUGAAAGAACACGUCACAUUCGGUGCAAUCUUGAUUUCAAAGAUGGUGAGCAAAUAUUAAAGCACAUUUAUAAGUUUAAGGGGUUACGCAGCCUGUUGGUAGUACGACCAAAGUAUGGUCAAGAACGCUUCAUGAUAAGCAACAAUGUGCAACGUGAUCUGUUUUCAAAACUAAAAUAUCUUCGGAUGUUGUCAUUCUGUUAUUGUGAACUCAAAGAACUAGCAGGUGAGAUACGAAAUCUAAAGCUGCUGCGUUAUCUAGACAUGAGAGGCACACAGAUUAAAAGGUUGCCAGAUUCUAUUUGUAACCUUUAUAAUUUAGAGACACUAAUAUUGGAGAAGUGUUAUGAAUUGACUGAACUCCCUUCAAAUUUUUACAAACUAGUCAGUUUACGCCAUCUUAAUCUUGAAGGCUGUAAUAUAAAGAAGAUGCCAAAGAAGAUAGGGAGGCUAAACCAUCUUCAAACACUGAGUCAUUUUGUUGUGGGAGAACAGAGUGGGUCUGAUAUUACGGAGUUGGGUAAUCUCAAUCAUCUUCAAGGGAAACUUUGUAUUUCAGGAUUGGAACAUGUCAUUAGUCUCGAAGAUGCGGCAGCAGCAAAAUUGAAAGAUAAGGAACAUGUAGAAGAAUUAAAUAUGGAGUGGAGUUACAAAUUUAAUACCAAUGGAAGAGAGUCGGAUGUCUUUGAGGCUCUUCAACCAAAUAGCAACUUGGAGAAGCUCAACAUAAAACACUACAAAGGUAAUAGCUUUCCAAGUUGGCUAAGGGCUUGUCAUUUAUCCAACUUAGUAUCUCUUCAACUGGAUGGAUGUGGACUAUGUCCCCGACUUGAGCAGCUCCCCUCUCUCAGAAAGCUUUCUGUUUGUGACUGUGAUGAAAUAAAGAUCAUCGAUCAAGAGUUUUACGACAACGAUUCGACAAUUGUUCCAUUUAGGUCGCUUGAAGUUUUGAAAUUUGAGAAGAUGAACAAUUGGGAGAAAUGGUUUUGUCUUGAAGGGUUUCCUUUGCUUAAAAAGAUUUCUAUAAGAAAAUGUCCCAAAUUGAAAAAGGCAGUGCUGCCUAAACACCUUACUUCUUUACAAAAGCUGGAGAUUAGUUAUUGCAACAAGUUGGAGGAAUUGUUAUGCCUUGGAGAGUUUCCUUUGCUUAAAGAGAUUUAUAUAUUCGAUUGUCCCAAAUUGAAAAGGGCUCUGCCACAACACCUUCCUUCUUUACAAAAACUGCAUGUAUUUGAUUGCAACGAGUUGGAGAAAUGGUUUUGUCUUGAAGGGAUUCCUUUGCUUAAAGAGAUUUCUAUAAGAAAUUGCCCCAAAUUAAAAAGGGCCUUGCUACCUCAACACCUUCCUUCUUUACAAAAACUGAAGAUUUGUGAUUGCAACAAGUUGGAGGAAUUGUUAUGCCUUGGAGAGUUUCCUUUGCUUAAAGAGAUUUCUAUAUCCGAUUGUCCCGAAUUGAAAAGGGCUCUGCCUCAACACCUUCCUUCUUUACAAAAUCUAGAGAUUUGGGAUUGCAACAAGUUGGAGGAAUUGUUAUGCCUUGGAGAGUUUCCUUUGCUUAAAGAGAUUUCUAUAAGAAAUUGUCCCGAAUUGAAAAGGGCUCUGCCUCAACACCUUCCUUCUUUACAAAAUCUAGAGAUUUGGGAUUGCAACAAGUUGGAGGAAUUGUUAUGCCUUGGAGAGUUUCCUUUGCUUAAAGAGAUUUCUAUAAGAAAUUGUCCCGAAUUGAAAAGGGCUCUGCCUCAACACCUUCCUUCUUUACAAAAACUGCAGAUUUGGGAUUGCAACAAGAUGGAGGCAUCAAUUCCCAAGAGUGAUAAUAUGAUAGAGUUAGAUAUACAGAGAUGUGAUAGAAUUUUGGUAAAUGAAUUGCCGACCAGCUUGAAAAGGUUACUCCUUUGUGAUAAUCAAUACACGGAGUUCUCCGUGGACCAAAAUUUAAUCAAUUUUCCCUUUCUUGAAGAGUUGGAAUUGGCUGGCUCUGUGAAAUGUCCUUCUUUGGAUUUAAGUUGCUAUAAUUCUCUUCAAAGACUUUCAAUAGAAGGAUGGGGCUCCUCCUCCUUGCCUUUGGAACUACACUUGUUCACCAGUCUUCGUUCUCUGUAUCUGGACGAUUGUCCAGAGCUGGAAUCGUUUCCAAUGGGUGGUUUGCCUUCCAACUUGAGGGACCUCAGAAUACAUAAUUGCCCAAAACUGAUUGGUUCGAGAGAGGAGUGGGGUUUGUUCCAACUCAAUUCCUUGAAAUGGUUCAGUGUUAGUGAUGAGUUUGAAAACGUGGAGUCGUUCCCAGAGGAGAAUCUGCUGCCACCAACUCUGAAGGAUCUUUAUUUGAUUAAUUGUUCAAAGCUAAGAAAAAUGAACAAAAAGGGUUUUCUCCACCUCAAAUCUCUUAAUAAGCUAUAUAUUCGGAACUGUCCUAGUCUUGAGAGCUUGCCAGAGAAGGAGGAUCUACCCAACUCCCUUUCUAGUUUCUACUUUGGUCAUUCUCAACUGUGGAAUAAUAAAGGAGAAGUAUGAAAAGGAGGGAGGAGAGCGUUGGCACACAAUUAGUCACAUCCCUGAAGUGCGGAUUAAGAACAUUAUUUGCACCGCCACAUAGUGCUAGCAAGACCAAGUUAUGGGUCCCACAUACUUUGACUCUUUGUGAAUAUCAUCUGAAUUAAGGUGAACAAAUUUCCCACACACAAGGGUUAUUACACUGUUUGGAAGGACAAGAGGGAUUCUUCAUUUGGAAUAGUUUGAAGAGUGGUGGGACUUUUGUUUUUGUAUGAUUUGGGACAAUAUGAGUGAGGGUAGUUUCGGAAAUGAUGAUUGUGGUGAUUGUGUUAAGAGUGUUAGAGAACAAACUCAAUUGGAGUGUGGUGAUUCAAUCUCUGCUCAGAAUUAUCUUUUUAGUUCCCAACAUAUCUUCUUUCUCUUCAGUUCUGCAUCAAGGGCUGAAGGAUGCCAGGGAGUUGAUCUUGCACAUUCAAAGGCAUAACAUGUACCUUUCAAAGAUAUUACUUACAAUGAUAGAUAAGGCAUUGUUCUUGCUAUAAAAAAGAGGUAGCAGGGCACCCAAAUUCGCAACAAAGAAAUUUUGGUUUUUGUUUCUUUCAUCCAAAGAUGAUUUAGACUCGACGUAGAGCCUCGUGAUCAUGUGCGGGCAAGGGAAGAGGCUGACAUUGUUUGAAUUCCAUCCAUUCCAAUUUGUUCAUGGAAACACGAGACUUGAGAAAAGAAGCCGAUGAAUUAAUUGCAUCAACCAAUUACAUGGGAAUUUUGGUGGAUUCAAUGACAUCCAACUUGAGAAAAAACCACUGUCCUCAUGGUGGAUGGGAUCUUCCAUGGUGUUUGGAACAACCAAUGACUCUUACAAUGAUUCUUACUAAGACUGGACUGCAUUUUAUAUGCUGCCAAAUGUAACACAGAACCAUUCUGCAACGCACCACUCCAAGGAAACUAGGAGCAUCAGUACAAAGUUAACCAACUCCAAGUGGAAUAAACAUGUGUUUCAGACAGAGAAUAUUAUUGUUGAGAUGUGAUGUCAAGACUCAGGCAUCCACUUCAACAUCUUACUCUUUGUAUGUCCUUCCUAGUUCAUACACCGGAAGUUGACUUGUCAAUUUAGUGAAAUUCAAUAAAACACUACUUUUCAUUGCAGUACUUCUGAUUGUAAUUCAUUACUUUUUCUCAGUUUGUGAAUAAGUUUAUCUUUCUGCAUCAUUA